CGAGUCGUGCGCCGAUUCGUAUCGGCGGCUGCUGGCAGUCCGAUAUUAACUCUCAAACUGUACGGUUUGGCAGCGCAGCUGAAAAGCGGAAAACUGAAGAGGAUAAGCGGCGAAGAGGGGAUCGAGGAAGGGCAGCGCGUUGUGUGUUUUUAUCCUCUUUCUGCAAUAAACAAUUGUUGUCCUACAAGUUUAAACAAUUAAAAUCUGUGGGCUAAAGUGCAAUACAAAAAUCGAACACUGAAGCAUUCCAAUUAAACUUACAAUCAAAGUGCAAUACAAAUAAAUCCAGCUAAAAAUCAACGGGAAUUUUUACAGCAGCUGUAUUCAUAAAUAGAUUUGAGCAAGCAAAACCAAGCUAAACCAAUAAAAACGAAUCAAAUUAACAUUUUUACCAGCAAACCAUUAUAUACAGAUAAUAUAUACGAAUAAACUUAAUAAGCAUUUAAUAAAACAAUAACAAUUUUGUGCAAUUUAAAUAAUAAUAAUCGUAUACAAAAAUUAAAAACCUUUAAAAGGUUCAAAGAUUUUUGCUAAACACUUUUGCGCUAUAUCAAAUAAAUAUAAAACCAAACACUUUAUAAACUACACAUAGCUAAAUUGUUAUAAAAUAAAAUUUAUAAAAUUACAAACAAAAUACUAAACGGUUUUUAAAAAUUUAUUAAGCUGAUGAACAAAUAUUAAAUCAACUUUAAAUGCAUUUUGCUGAAACGGAUUAAGUUUAAAGCACUAGCUGCAGAUUUUUCAUCAUUAUAGUCAAAGAAACGCGUAAUAAUAAAAUUGAAAAAUGCUGAAAGUUGCCUAAGCAAAACUUGGCAGACAGCAGAGUUUGAAAACGGAAUACCAUGGUGCGACUGAAUGUUGCAGAGCAACACAGCAGCAGCAGCAACAACAACAACGGCAACAUAAGCAACAGCAGCAUAAGCAACACCAACGGAACAAUAACUAACAACAAUAAUGCGGGUGGCAGUUGCUCGUCGACAACCUCUUCAACGACCAGUUUGAAUAGCAAUCCGGCAUCGCCCGCCUGCACCAUGGUGAUGUUGCCGGCACCGCAGCAGCACUUGGUGGUGCAGCAGCAGCAGCAGCAGCAGCAACAGCAACAGCCACUGCAGCAGCAGCAGCAACAGCAGCAGCAGCAGCAGCAUGUGCAGCAGCAACAUGCCCAUGCCCCGCAGCAACAGCAGCAACACUCGCCCUCGGAUGGCGGUUCAUCGAAUUGCUCGCUGCCCGCGUCUCCACCCCUGUUGCAACAGACCGCUACGCCGCCGCAGGGCGCCCAGAUUGUGCCGCCCGUCUGCGCCCUGCACCACCCACAGCAGCAGCUGGCCCUGAUGGCGGCCAUGCAGCACCACCACCACCUGCCGCCGCCGCACGCUCUGCACCAUGCCCCUCUGCCGCCGCCACUGCCCCCGAAUCUACCGCCACCCCACGAGAACGGUCAUGGGACAGGGGGUGGUGGUGUCUCGCCCAAUGGAGGCGGGGGCGGUGGCUCCUCCGCCAGCAGCGUGAGCAGCCUUUCCAGCGGCAGCGGUGGUUCGGGGGGUCAGGGCAACAACAACGGCCUGAGCAACGGAACGAAUGGCAUCGCCCCAUUGCCACCAGGCCAGCUGUACAUCCAGUAUCCUGGCGAAUUUUAUCCUCCGGAAUACUACAUUGCACCGCAUCCGCACGAAGGCAUCUGUCCGCAGCAUCCGCACCACCCACAUCCGCACCACCACCAGCCCAUGUGCGCCAUGUCCACGGAAUACGGUAAGCAACAAUCAACGAUGAUAACGUAUACGCACGGUUUCAACCUGAAGUGUCCCGCCGUUCAGAUGGUGUCCCAGAACCGACCACCGCCCCCGAUGCCGGUGCCCGUCCAGGUGCCGCAGUACGUCAACGAGAACGGAACGCUGACCCACGUGAUGCUCUCGCCGCAGCAGUACCAGCAACUGCAUCCCGGCCAGGGACAUCUCCAUCCAGCGCCCUUCAUAAGCGCAAAUGGCACUUCGCAUUUCUACACCCCAGUGGCGGGCUAUCCUGGCCCAGGACCUGCUGGCAAUGGGCCACCACACUAUCACUUGCCGGCACCACCGCCGCCGCAACAGCAGCAGCCGCAGCAACAACAACCACAGCAGCAGGCGCCCCAAGGAGCACCCCCUCCACAACAACAACAACAACAGCAGCAGCAGCAGCAGGUGGCACCAACUUUGGUCCAAGGAGCACCAAAUGCAAGUGGAGGAGGUCAGGCAGCAGCCCAGCAAACAGCACCACCCACUGGAGCAGCCAGCCACUCGCACGCCCACUCGCACACCCACUCACACGCCCACUCGCACACACACCCCCAGCCACACCCACAUUCCCCGUCGCCGCCCAACUACCGCGAUGAGCGGAGCCAGCGGCAGCACAACAAGCUGCUCAGGAAGCUGGAGAAGCAGCGGGAGUCCAAUCCUCCGCAUUCGCCAUCUCCGCGCCGUGCCAACGAACUGAAUGGUCACAAUAAUAGCAACAUUCCUCUGGGCGUGCCCCUGCCCGCCCACCUCAGCAGCCACCUGCACAUGGCCAACCAUCAGGGACGUCGCCUGCCGCAGCAGCAACAGCAGCAGCACCAGGUGCAGACCCACCAGGUACCGCAGCAGGCACAGCCGAGGAACGGCAACCCGCAGCGAAUGGGCAGCAGUGUGGGCGGGGCCAGUUCCGUGGGAACCUCCGAGGACGGCGAGGAUAACUCCAGCCUGGCCGGCGAGGAUGAGGAGGACUACCAGGCCUCCAUCGUGGAGCAAAUCUCAGCCAUUGAGAAGCCCGAGGUGAUAGAUGUGACCUCGCGGGCGGCCAAGAUCAUCUGGGAGAGUCCGGCCAUAGCGGAUGCCUUGACGGUGGACAUGCGACAGCUGCGCUACCAAGUGCUCCUCUGUGAUUCCGGGAAGCAGUGCAAGUACAAGAGUCUGUACCGCGGCGAGGCCUACGAGUGCAUUGUGCAGGAUCUGCAGCCUGGCCAGGACUACCUGGUUCGCUUGCAGGUGCACUACCAGAAACUGGAGGGCACGGUCAGUGAUCCCACGGAGUUUCGCACCCCAGCCUGUGAGCCCGACCAACCGCCGCCCCCAAAAUUGGUUUCCCGCACCAAGAGCUCCAUUAAUCUGCGAUGGGCUGCUCCGGCAGCGAACGGAGCCAGCAUCCAGCACUAUCUGCUGGAGUACGAUGAGGGCAGGAUGGCGGGCGGACAGCCGCAAAAGUUCGUGGAGCUGGCCAAGAUCAAGGCCAAGCACUAUGUCAUUGGCAAGCUGCAACCCACUACAGUGUACAGUUUCCGCUUGGCGGCGGUCAACGAGGCGGGUCAGAGUCCCUAUUCCCCGGUGGCCAGCUACAGCACUGCCGGCAAUCCGCCGCCAGUGCCCAGACCUCCGCAGCUGCUGGCCAGCAGCUCCAACACCCUGAAACUGGGCUGGGAGCGGCGGGCACAGGACGGAGACUUUCUGCUCCAAAUGCAGGAUGCGGAGUCGGGCCACGGCUACCUGAACACCUACAAGGGCACGGAGCUGCAAACGGAGUGCCUGCAGUUGCGGCGGGCCAGCAGCUAUCAGUUCCGUCUGAGGUCCGAGAACGAGGCGGGCUUUUCGCCCUGGUCGCCGGAGGUCAGCUACCGCACCCUGGCCGAACGUCCUGGCCGACCUGGCAAACCGCAUGCCAAGGGCAAGAUCCAUGGCACCCACUUCAAGGCCCGCUGGGAUGCACCCGGCGAUGCCGGCGGCGCCGAGAUCCUUCGCUAUCAUCUGGAGCUGAGUGCCGCGGGUCCGGCCUUCGAGAGGAUCUACAGUGGCGGCGAGACGGAGGCCAUGUGCGAGCGUCUCCAGCCGGGCACCACCUACGCCCUGCGGGCCUUUUGCGAAGGUCCUGCGGGUCAGAGCCCGUAUUCCGACAUCGGACACGUUACCACGGAGGCGGUGGCGCCGUCGGCCCCGCCCCCACCGCACUGCAGUGAUCCGCCCUCGCCCUACGCCGCCCUCCUGAAGCUCCAGCAUCCGGAGUACAAUGGCGGAGCACCCAUCCUGGAGUUCGAGGCGCAGAUGCGACGGUUGGAGCAGGUGCAGCCACCGCAGUUGGUGUACCGCGGCAAGCAAGCCUACUUUGUGGCGCAGGACCUGACACCGGGUGGCAUGUACGAGGCCCAGGUGCGGGCCAUCAACCGCAUUGGUGCCGGCAACUGGUCCCAGUGGAUGAGAUUCACGGCGGCCGCCGCUGCGCCCGGUGUGCCCGAAGAGCUGCGCGUGCUGGUGAAGUCGGCCACCCAUCUGGGGGUCAGUUGGCAGCCGCCGCUGCAGGAGAACGGUGCGCCCGUGACCAGUUACACCCUGAAGAGUGCCAGCCAGGAGAGGACGCUGGACGAGGAGACUGUGCAGGAGCAAGGAGCCAACAAGGAGCCGCCCAGCUCCGAGUUCCACAACUGCUAUCAGGGAGCGCAGACCUGCGCCGAGCUGAGAAACCUCUCGCCCUACACACGCUACCAUUUCCGCAUCCAGGCGAGCAACUCGGCCGGCACGGGAACCUCCUCCGACGUGAUAAGUGUGUGCACACCGGCCGCAGUGCCCGGGGCUCCGCAAAUGCAGGGCUACGAGUUCACCGCCCAGGAGGUGACCCUCAACUGGACGCAGCCGGCGGCCCACGGCUCGCCCAUCUGCUCCUACAACAUUGAGUACGGGGAGCGGACCAUCGCCACGCCGGAUGCCUGUACACGGUAUACGGUCAGUGGCCUGCUGCCCGAAACCGGCUACAAGUUCCGUGUGCAAGCGGUUAACGCCAUCGGAGCCGGAGCCUUUAGUGCCUAUGCCAAGCUGACGACUCAGCCGGCUCCUCCGGCCCCACCGCGCCUCGAGUGCAGCGGCGCCGGUCACAACUACAUCAAGCUGAAGUGGGGCGAGAACGGAACGACCGGUGGCAAGCAGCCCGGCUCCAAUCCGGGCAACACCGGCAAUGGCGGCGGCGACUUCACCAAGUACUUUGUGGAGAUGUACGUGGCCCGGGCGAAGCAGUAGGCCGUCUACUCCGGCACCAAUUGCAUGUGCAAGGUGCACAAGCUGCAGGAACGCAGCAGCUACACCUUCCGUAUAUAUGCCCACACGGACAGGGCCGGCGAUGGCGAUUACUCGGAGGAUUUCGUUUUCGAGACCUCGGCCACCCUGCCGGCGAACAUAAAGCCACCGCGAGUGGUCCAAGAGGGCAGUGUUUGCCUAAUGGAGCUGCCUGGCCAACUGGGCAUGCAGCUCACCCUGGAGUGGCAGCACUCGAAGAACUCCUUCCAGGACCGCGUGGAGUACGAGCUGCAGUAUGCGGUCUUGGGCGCCGCCGACUUGGAGGGUGAAUCGCUGUCGCCGAAGGGUCGCAGCAGCAGUUCCAGCGGAAGCUCCAGCGGGGCUCCGGUUAAUUUGGCCAACCAGGACUACAGGCAGUUGUAUCGCGGCCCCGAGACCAAGUUCACCAUUGACAAUCUGGCCGCCGGCACUUGCUAUCAGUUCCGCGUGUGUCCCGUGCGGAUAGCGGCGGGCGGAGAGCUGCUGUACGGUCAGCCGUCGAGUCCGUUGCGCUACCAGGUGCCCAGUGAGCUGGACCCCAGCUCGGCGACCUGCCACCACCACCUGCACGGCUCCACGGCACCACCGGCGGCGGCGGCGGCAGUGGCCACCAGCCAGAGGAGCAGCCGCAAACUGUCGGCCGGCAAUGGCUCGACCAAUGGCCUGCACAUGAGAUCGGUGAGUGCGUCGGCCAUCAGUGGAGCGAGCGGCGUGGGAGCGGACCCAGUGGCAAUCGGACGACUGCAGCAGGAGCUGUCCGGCUUCAAUGCGUGCGCAGAUCCCCUGCAUCACCACCAUCAUCAUCACCACCACCACCAUCAGCCGUGCGGCGGAGCCGGAGCCGGUGGAAUGGCCGGGGCCACGGACUCGCACCACCAGCAUCAGCACCACAUGCACCACUCGCAUCACAUGCACCAUGCCCACCAUCCGCACACCGGCAUGGGCGUCAGCUCCUCGAGUUCCAGCUCCUCAACGGCGGCGGCCAUCUCCUCCAGCUUGGCCCAGGCGGGCGGAUUAAGGCGGAUCGUCGGUAAGCUAACUUCACUGUACUCCAAUCGGCGGCGUCUGAGUGACCAACAAAAGGCCGUCUGCAUUGUGGUCUCCUUCCUAGUGGGCACCUUCCUGGUCGCCAUGCUCGUCAACAUGUUGAGGGGCUAAAUAAGUGGCGCCCAACGUGAGACCAUAGGAAUUUGUAGGCAAACGACAGGCGAAAAUGAAAAAAAAAAAAAAAAAAAAAACAAAAAUGAAACACUUUAUGUCUCAAAAAAGUGAUUUAAACCGUUAGUUGUAAUUAUGUAUUUUUUAUAUAUAUACCGUAACAGAAUCAAACAAAAUCAAAACUGUAUAUUGUCUAAUUUUAAACGAACGAAAAAAAAAACAGCAGAAAAGGAAAUCAAAAAUAGCGAAAAGAAAAAAGAAAGAGAUGAGAUGUAAUGUGAUGAGGUGAGAUGAGAUGAGAAGGCAAGCCCCCAAUAAUUGUAUUAAAUGUACACAAAACAAAACCACAACGUCAAACAUUCACACAGCUAAAUGUUAAUAAUGGUAUUUACUAAUAAUAUAUAUGUUGUCACAAAACGAAAGUCUAAUCUCCAUAUGUGCUAUAAACAAAUGAGCAGCCAGCAAACAAAUUGUAAGCCGUCAGCAGAACCGUAAGGCUCACCAGUACUUGUCAGACCUGUUCCGAAAUGCUUCUCAAGCUGUUACUUUGUGUGUGGCGCCCAUGCAUUUGCCCUCCCCGGCGGGUUUUUGUAAAAUUCGUGUAUAAUACGUGUAGAACUAGCAUGUGGGGGCCUGGCCCCGCCCGCAGCCCAAGUUUUUUUACAAGACCCAUUUUUGUAAAGUGUAUUCCAAAAAAAGAAACCAACAAAGAAACAAACAAAC